CGUACCUAUUUCGUCUCAAAAUCAAAACAUUGAGACAAUAUUUGAAAAAUGGAUGAAAACAGCUUGAUUUAUGGUUUAGAGCUUCAAGCUAGAGCCCUAACACCGCAAUAUGGUGAGAGUAAUGAUGUGUGCUUUUUCAUAGCCACCAAUUCCUUGAAACCCACGAAUCAAGUGCAUUUAAUUCAGUACGAGGAGGAACAGGGAACUGUGCAAUCAAAGGUCUUCGAGCAUUCCUUGGGUGAAGUUUGGAAACUGAAUAGCUGCCCACAUAAUGCCCGCUUGUUGGCCUCCGUUUACAAUGUGCAAAAAGGAGCUCAAGUGCUUACCAAAUCGGCUUUAUUUACGCUACCGGAGGACUUAAACCCAGAUCCCGAGCAACUUAAGUCGGAAUACCUGCCCUGGCAACAGGUUGAGGUCCUCGACACCGAAGCCCUCGGAGAACGGGUCAAAACAAUCGAAUUCCACCCCAGCCAGGAGCAGACUCUCGCCUGCGUGGUGGACAACAAAGUGGCGGUGAUGCAGAGGGCUGAAGCUUCCACUCGCGUGGUGGCCGAAGUGCCCUCUAGUGGAUCCUCCAGCGGGUCCGCCAAGCACACGCAGCACUUUACCACAGGCAAGUGGUCCCAUCACCAUCAGGGUCACCAGUUCCUCACCCUCAACGAUGGCAAUCUGAGUGCAUACGAUGUGCGGGACACGCAGCAUUGUGCCUGGAGCAUUAACGAUGCCCAUGGACAGAUGGUUCGCGACCUGGACUGCAAUCCUAACAAGCAGUGCCACCUGGUGACCGGUGGAGAUGAUGGCUAUCUGAGGAUCUGGGACUGCCGGAUGCCCAAGGCUCCGGUUUUCGAGCGCUCGGAUCAUUCGCAUUGGGUGUGGUCCGUGCGCUUCAACACAUUCCAUGACCAGCUGCUCCUCUCUAGCUCAAGUGACUGCAAAGUUUUGUUGACCUGCGCAGGAUCAGUGAGUUCGGAGACUCAAGUGCAGGCUGGACUAGAUGACUCCAACUUCAGUGGCGCAGAAACCGAGGAGAGGCACAAACUCUUGCCGGAUGGACUGCUGCAGACCUUCGAUCAGCACGAAGACUCCGUGUACUGUGCGGAGUGGAGCAAUGUGGAUCCGUGGAUCUUUGCUUCCCUGAGCUACGAUGGUCGGGUUAUAAUCUCAAAGGUGCCCAAGCAGUACAAGUAUCAGAUUAUAUUUUAAGCCAAUAAAUUAUUAUACAUUACACAUUUACUAUAAAACUAAAGCUAACUAA